GUCCUCAGCCAGCCGCCGCGCCGCGCGCUCGCCAUGUCCCGCGCACACACUCGCCCCGAGUCCAUUGUGAAGCCCUAGUGAUACUUGACGCUUUCAGUUUCUGUGAACUGCGCUGAUCUGAACUAUUCAUUAUCAGACCACGGGCGCAGCGAGCCGAUGCGCCGGCGCCGGUGAGCGCUGCGAGAUGCGCGCGCUGCUGGCGGCGUGGCUGGCGUGCGCGGCGUGCGCGGCGGCGGCGGCGGCGGGGGCGGGCGCGGGGGGCGCGGGGGGCGCGCGCUUCGGGGACCGCCUGGCGCCCCGCGUGCCCGCGCGCUACCAGCCGCGCGCCGCGCCGCACGCCGCGCUGCACCGCGCCGACGACGACUACGACGACCCCUACGACGAGCCCGAGACCGAGCCGCCGCCGCCGCGCCGCCACCGCCUGCACAUGAGCACCGAGUACUUCGUGCUGCCCGAGCGCGCCUCGUCCGUGGCGCCGCCGCCGCCCGCGCCGCCCGCGCCGCCGCGCCCCGCCAGCUCCCCGCGCCCCGCCACCGUCCCGCCCACGCCACCGCCGCCGCCGCCCGCCGGCGCGCUGCGCCCCGAGCCCUGGGCCGUGCCCGUGCUGGCGCUGGCCUGCGCCUGCAUGGUCACGCUCGCCGGCUUCGAGGCCUUCGUGGUGUGGGGCGCGUCCCGCACGGCGCCGAGCCGCCGCCACCUGCUGCUGGGGCAGACGCUGCUGCUAGGGCUGUUCCUGUGCGCGGGCACGGCGGCGCUGCUGGCCGCGCCCGUGUCCGCCUUCACGUGCGGCGCCGUGCGCUUCGGCACGGGCGUGGCCUACGUGCUGGUGUUCGCGUCGCUGCUGGUCAAGUGCGUGUUCCUGCUGAGCCUCAACGGCGGCGUGUACCUGCCGGCCGCCUACCAGGGGCUGCUGCUGUUCUUCGCGGUGAUGAUCCAGGUGGCCAUCGGCGCGCAGUGGCUGGGCGGCGCGCCCCCGCGCGUGGCGGCGCCGGGCCGCUGCGCCGCGCCGCUGGGCGACCUGCUGCUGUCGCUGAGCUACGCGGCGUUCCUGGUGGCGGUGGUGUGCGCGGUGGCGCUGCGCUCGCGCGGCAUCCGAGACAACUACCGCGAGGCGACGCACAUCCUGGGCGCGGGCGGCGCGGCGGCGGCGGUGGCGCUGUGCUGGGUGGCGGCGGCGCUGGGCGCGGGCGAGGCGCUGCGCGACGCGUGCGUGGCGGCGGGGCUGCUGGCCACGUGCGCCGUGGUGUUCGCGCUCAUGUUCGCUCCGAAGGGGCGGCGGCUGGCGGCGCUGGGCCGCGAGGGCCGCUGGGACGCGGACCGCGACGAGGGGCUGAGCUCGCUGGGCGCGGCCGGCUCGGGCUACUCGCCCUCGUUCUUCCACUUCAAGCCGGUCAAGUACGGCAUGGUGUCGGCGGCGCCGCAGCCGCUGGCGCUGCCGCUGGACCGCAAGGACGCGCCUACUCAGCCAGCCGAUUUGUUCGGCGCGGUGUACGGCCGCUCGCUCGCACGCCCCUACCGCCCCCCGCCGCACUACCCCCCGCCCCCCCUCAUGCACUACCACUACCCCCCCUACCAAUACCUCCUGCCGCCAGGCGUGCGCGCGGAGGGCGCGCUGUGCGCGGCGGCGGGGGGCGCGGGGGUGGGGGCGGUGGGUGCGGGGGGCGAGGCCACGCGCAGCUCCAACCCCAACGUGUUCUUCCAGCGCUCGGAGCCGCUGCACGUGGGCAUGAUGUACUGAGCGCUGACAAGCCAGCGUUCCACGGAACGGACCGAUUUGACAGUGAGGCGCUUCCAGCCGGUUCCAUGCGGCGCAUCGGGAAAUGUUAAUCGACUUUGGAUACGAACACUUUAGUGAAUAGAAAAGUUCGGUGGUGGUUCCAUCGAGCAAGGUAACGAGGAUCGAGUGUACUUCUGAUGCGCCGGUUGAAAGCGGUUCAAUUGUACAUAUUUAGUGGAAGACUAUGAACAUUUUGAAAAUGCCCGACAAACAAUAAUACCUAGCCGAUUGCACAAUGCGGUAUAUAAUCCAUACCAAUAGCUUGGAUGGUGAUAGUGAAAACUAGACUAUGAAUUUAAAAGUAACGAAAGUGCGACAGUUAAGGACAUCGAAAAGGAAUCUUCGAAAUUAUUUUUCUCUUUAACAUCUUCACUGUGUCGACGAGGUCUAUAGGUCUAGGCGAGGACAGUGAUGGACGAGAAACUAGCUGUGAUGGUAUAAAGUAUGUGGAAAUAUUUGAUAAGUAAAAAUAUUUUUGGCAUAUUCUAGGAAAUGAAAAGCAACAAUAAAGUAAGAGGUAGGUUUCUAUUUCUAGUCAUUUGAAUUCUAAUGGCAUUUGUUAAGUAAGACAUACGUUUUAACUUGAGUCCAACUCUGCAAUCUAAUUAUACUUUUACUGUUAUUUUAUGAGGUUUAUUAACGUAAAGUACCCAUUACGUCGGUACAUAAUAAUUCGGUUUAUUUUUAUUAACGGGAAAAACAUACUUCAUACAAUCAUAGCUGUUAACAUACAGACUGGGACUGUAAAUAUAAUUUCUUACGCUUGUAAGUUUAAACAUAAGAUAAGGAAGAUGUGAUUGCAUGUAUUAGCCCACCCUUGAAGAGCCGACUUCAACGAGUAUUCCUGUACUGGAACUCUGACUUUUAAUGUAACGAUUAAGUUAAGACAAAUUGUAAAUAAGGAACAAA